AUGGCUGAUCGAAUGAUACAUGGUUUUAUCCAAAUAUGGAACAAGGAGACUGGGCUGUCUUUGUCAAAAGAAGUAUUAAUUGAAACAGUGGAAAGAAAGAAGGAAGUUAGAUUGGUAGCCUACUACCGCACUGGAGAAUUUAUAACUUUUCAGCUAAGUAACAAUAUUAAGACUGUGGUCUUUAGAUCCUAUGGAGAAAAACAAAAUCAUCUGCAUUUAACUUUCCAAAAUAAUAGCUUCUUGUUUAUUAAAAAGUUAUCCUCAAGAGAUGCUGUAAAGUUGAAGAUGUUCCUGGACAGAGUUCAUCAAAAUAAUCUUCAACCACUCACGAGAUCUGACAGGGAUGGGGAUGCCUUUGCCAGCAUAACAACACAGAAGGAAGUCAACAAAACAUUUCACAAAGUGCAUAAAAAGUCAAGUAGCAGACCUUUUGAGAUAGGAGAAGGAAGUGGAACACCUGACCUUCAGAGGAUGCCCUUGCAUACAUCAAAAUCAUCAACACUUACCUGCAAAGAUUUAUUACAAAAUGAAUGGAGGAAGAGAAAAGAGAUACUAUCAUCAGAUUCAGAGAUGAAAGAGAAAUUCCAGAAAAAGAAUGAAUCUGUAAGAAAAAAGACGUCUAAUCCUUUGAGGUAUGUAAGAUAUAGCGAGAGGGAAGAAUUAAGGAUAAAGGAAUUAAAAGAGAGUAUGAAAUUAGAAUUUGGACCUUUACUCGAGACCAAUUCUAUUGGAAACCCUAACCUAGAUGGUACUACUCUUCUCCAAACUCUCACUCAGAAAAUAUAUUUGGCACUUUUGUUGAAAACAAUGUAUAGUGAGGAUGACCUAGAGUGGGACACAUUGAAGAUGUCCUUUGAAUCUUACCCAGAGAAACUAUGGCAAGGCCUCCCCAAUUUGGGAAAUACCUGUUAUAUGAAUGCAGUUUUACAGUCCCUAUUUUCGAUUCCAUCAUUUGCAUAUGAUUUACUCUAUCAGGAUUUCCCAUGGGGUAAAAUUCCCCUUGAUGAUCUUAACAUGUGCCUGGCACAGCUGCUUAUUUUGAAAGAUAUUUACAACAUAAAAAUUAAGGAGAAGUUACUUGUGAGUAUUAAACAAACCAUUUCAACAGCUGCAGAGAUAUUCUCUAGCAACAUACAGAAUGAUGCUCAUGAAUUUUUAGGUCAUUGUUUAGAUCAGAUGAAAGAGAACAUGAAAAAUUUAAACAUAAUUUGGAAGACUAAAAUUGAAUCUGAGAAAGAUAAUUCACCCCAACAGGUUUUUGCUGGCAAUGCUGCCACCAAAAUGCUCACUUGUCCUGUCAUCGCUAAUUUUGAGUUAGAGUUGCUGCACUCUAUUAUUUGCAAAGCCUGUGGUGAGGUUGUUCUCAAGUCGGAAGUGAGUAAUUAUCUCUCCACUAACUUUCCCCAAGGAAAGAAAACACUUCCUUUGUCUAUUCAAUCUACUGUUGAUCUUUUCUUUGGAGCAGAAGAGCUUGAGUAUAAAUGUGGGAAAUGUAACCACGAGAGUUCUGUUGCAGUGCACAAAUUCAGUAGACUACCCAGGGUCCUUAUUGUUCACUUGAAACGCUAUUACUUUAAUGAGUUUUGGUCGUUAAAGAAGGAUGUCCAAGAAGUCAUUGUUUCUAAAUAUUUAAAGUUAUCUUCUCAUUGCAAUGAAAGUACCAAACCACCUGUUCCCUUGAGCAAGAAUGCACAUAUUAUGAAUUUCCAAUUCUUAAAGGUCUUUCAAAAGAUAUAUUCUGAAAUCCUCAGUUCACUGACACCUUCAAAAAAGUUGGACUCAGAAUCCAAGGAUUCCCUCGUUUCACACAUUGGAUCAGGCAAAGAGUCUGGACUACAAAAAUGCCAAAUGUUGGGGUCAAGCGGAGAACAAAAGCAAAAGGGCCUGAGAAAAUAUUCUAAACUGAAUAUACCAGCAUACAAAUUUGUAAACUCAGGAUAUGACACAACCAUUAAAAAAGAGAUAUCAGCAACUGGCUUAAUGAGGGAUCAGGAAGACACCAACCUUUCUGUAAUCCGUGAAGAUGCCGGUAAACUCACUCAUAGCCCAGGUACAUGUCCUGCAGAAGUUCAUUUUCAAGAAGUAUCUGGGAAUCAAAAACUAAAGAAAUCUGGGAAAACCAACAUAUUUGUAGAUAUUAAGACUACUAAAGAUUUUCAUGAAGAUAAAAAAAACAGAAUUUCAGAAGAGUCCCCCAAAGUAACUGAACAUGAAAGGAUGAGAAUCUAUGAACAAGCCCUUCGGCAGGCAUUGCUUCAAAGCUUUCUGAAGCCAGAUGUCCAGCGGUACACAGAGAAUCUCAGAAGACCUACAGAAUUAAGUUACCAGGAGGCCAAUGUGAAUUCCCUAGGUAGACGGGGUUCUAAUAAAAAACUUGGAAACAAUGACUUUUUAGAUAAGGAGAAGACAGAACCUGUAGCCAAGAAACCAAAAAGAAAUUCCAAGAUGGGAGAUCAUUAUGCCUAUCGGCUGAUUGGUGUUAUCAGCCAUCUUGGCAAUUCCCCAAAUUCAGGCCAUUAUAUCAGUGAUGCCUAUGACUUUGAGAGGCAAAUCUGGUUCACUUACAAUGAUCUGCAGGUGUCAAGUAUCCAAGAGGCUCCAAUGCAAGAGGCUAGGCUUUCCACCGGGUACAUAUUCUUUUAUAUGCACAAUGAAAUCUUUGAAGAGCUGUUGGAAAGGCAAGAGAAAUCCAAGCUUCAUAGCACAAAGGCAGGGGAGAACUCUCGAAAGAAAUAA